GUUGGAUGUGACCCUGCAGGUGCUUGAGGACAAGUUUCUCCAGAGCAAGGCUUUUCUGGCUGGGCCCCACAUCUCUCUGGCUGACCUGGUAGCCAUCACUGAGCUGAUGCACGCCCCACUCCCGCCCUGACCUCGAACCCUGCCACCGCCAUGGUCUUGGAGCUCUACCUGGACCUGCUGUCCCAGCCCUGCUGCGCCGUCUACAUUUUCGCCAAGAAGAACGGCAUCCCCUUCGAGCUGCGCACCGUGGACCUGCUCAAAGGCCAGCACUUCAGUGAUGACUUUGCCCAAGUGAAUCCCCUGAGGAAGGUGCCAGCUUUGAAGGACGGGGACUUCACCUUGGCUGAGAGUGUGGCCAUCCUGCUGUAUCUGAGCCGCAAGUAUGAGACGCCCAACCACUGGUACCCUCAGGACCUGCAGACCCGAGCCCGGGUGGACGAGUACCUGUCCUGGCAGCACACAGACCUGCAGACUAGCUGCAUCCGGACCAUGUGGCAGAAGAUGCUGUUACCUGUGUUCCUGGGCCAACCGGUGCCCCCUGAGACAUUGGCAUCUACUCUGGCCAAGCUGGACAGGUGUCUGCAGCUGUUGGAGGACAAGUUCCUGAAGGACCAGGACUUCCUGGCUGGGCCCCACAUCUCCUUGGCUGACUUGGUGGCUAUCACAGAGCUGAUGCAUCCUGUCAGCGCUGGCUGCGACCUCUUCAAGAGCCGGCCGAAGCUGGCUGCGUGGCGCCAGCGUGUGGAAGCCGAAGUGGGGGAGGACCUCUUCCAGGAGGCCCAUGCGGCCAUCAUGAAGGCCAAGGACUUGCCUCCAGCUGAUAAGGCCAUAAAGGAGAAGCUGAAGCCCUUAGUGCAGCCUCUCCUGCACUGAGUGUGGGCUGGGCCUGCAGAGCCACCAGAAUUGCUGCCCUCUUCCCACCCUGGUGGUGAGCAAGACACCCCAGGCAGAGUCUGGUCCCCAGUGCCCUCCACACACCUGGCCAGGAUUCCUCCUCCUGUCUGUUUGCUAACUUUGCCUUUACCGCUUGCAUGCUGAUUUCCUCAUGACCAAUGGAAAGAGCUUUAGUAAACACAACUUUGACCCUGA